CCUGAACGACUGGCUCGAGUCUGUCUCUGUUCCUUGUUUGGGAAGCAAGUGGGAGGGGAGCAGGCCAAGGGGCUAUAUAACCCUGACGCUUUCGUUCAGCUUCCCUGAACAUCACCCAGAGCCGAGAAGCCCAGCCAGCACUGUCAGGAACCUUGUGACGCACGCCAGCCAGCCGAGAUGUGUGAAGAAGAGGACAGCACCGCCCUGGUGUGUGACAAUGGCUCUGGGCUCUGCAAGGCGGGCUUCGCUGGGGACGAUGCUCCUAGAGCUGUUUUCCCAUCCAUCGUGGGACGUCCCAGACAUCAGGGAGUGAUGGUAGGAAUGGGACAAAAGGACAGCUACGUGGGUGAUGAAGCACAGAGCAAAAGAGGCAUCCUGACCCUGAAGUACCCGAUAGAACACGGCAUCAUCACCAACUGGGACGACAUGGAAAAGAUCUGGCACCACUCUUUCUACAAUGAACUUCGUGUUGCUCCUGAAGAGCAUCCAACCCUGCUCACCGAGGCACCCCUGAACCCCAAGGCCAACCGGGAGAAAAUGACCCAGAUCAUGUUCGAGACGUUCAAUGUCCCAGCCAUGUAUGUGGCCAUUCAGGCAGUGCUGUCCCUCUAUGCCUCUGGACGUACAACUGGCAUCGUGCUGGACUCCGGAGAUGGUGUCACCCACAACGUGCCCAUCUACGAGGGCUACGCCCUGCCCCACGCCAUCAUGCGUCUGGACCUGGCUGGCCGAGAUCUCACCGACUACCUCAUGAAGAUCCUGACGGAGCGUGGCUACUCCUUCGUGACUACGGCUGAGCGGGAGAUUGUCCGAGACAUCAAGGAGAAACUGUGCUAUGUAGCUCUGGACUUUGAGAAUGAGAUGGCCACCGCUGCAUCCUCCUCCUCCCUCGAGAAGAGCUAUGAGCUGCCAGAUGGGCAGGUGAUCACCAUUGGGAAUGAGCGCUUCCGCUGCCCGGAGACGCUGUUCCAGCCUUCGUUCAUCGGGAUGGAGUCCGCUGGCAUCCAUGAAACCACCUACAACAGCAUCAUGAAGUGUGACAUUGACAUCAGGAAGGACCUCUAUGCGAACAACGUCCUCUCAGGGGGCACCACCAUGUACCCCGGCAUUGCUGACCGCAUGCAGAAAGAGAUCACGGCCCUGGCACCCAGCACCAUGAAGAUCAAGAUCAUUGCCCCUCCGGAGCGCAAAUACUCGGUCUGGAUUGGCGGCUCCAUCCUGGCUUCUCUGUCCACCUUCCAGCAGAUGUGGAUCAGCAAACAGGAGUACGAUGAAGCUGGGCCAUCCAUUGUCCACCGUAAAUGCUUCUAAAAUCCUUCCCUGCUCUCUUUGUUUCUAGCACACAACUGUGAAUGUUUUGUGGAACAAUGCCUUCAAUUUUUCUCCAUAUCAUUCCUUGCCAACGCUCUGACUUGUCGCCUAUGUGUUUUUUAAUAAACCUGAACUAUGUUGCCUGUCA